AUGGCUACUUUACUUCGUUAUACAAGUUAUCGACAAGCGACGGCAUUUCACAAGGUUUGGUCCUCGCGAAUCUCUCAGUUAGCACGAGUGUCCGCAUUUCAUACGUCGAAAAAAAAUCACAAUGCCACAGCAGUACCUCUCAAAUUCGAAUUUCCUCCGUCACUGGAGUCAAAAUUGCAGCCUGACGUAAAUCCUAUACAAACAAAAACAAAAAGUUCGAAUCCUCCGUUAAGUUUUCCAUGUAUCGAUCAAUAUGAUGUACGUACUAGGUCGUUGGACGGCGGUCCAGAACCGGCUUACGAAAAAAUUGUAACUGGAUAUUCAAUUUAUCAUCACGAAAAUCCAUUUCUAUGUGAUCAUGGUGGCGUUUUGCCAAAAUUUGAUGUAGCAUACGAAACCUGGGGUGAAUUGAAUGAAAAUAAGGAUAACGCGAUUUUAAUUCAAACUGGCUUAUCUGGAAGUAGUCACGCUAAAAGUCAUGAAAAAAAUGUUAAUCCAGGAUGGUGGGAACGAUUCAUUGGUCCUGGUCUCUCUAUUGACACGAACAAAUUUUUUGUUAUUUGUACCAAUGUGAUUGGAGGUUGUUAUGGAUCAACUGGUCCUUCCUCAAUUGAUCCAUCAGAUGGCGAACGAUAUGCAACUAGAUUUCCUAUUAUAACAAUAUUUGAUAUGGUUAGGGCACAGUUUUUACUAUUAGAUCAUUUAGGAAUAAAUAAACUGCAUGCUACUGUAGGAAGCAGCAUGGUUAGCAUAUCUGGAUGUGCGAGAUCACAUCCAUAUUCUAUUGCAAUUAGACAUACACAACGACAAGUAUUGAUGUCAGAUCCUAAUUGGAACAAAGGAUUUUAUUAUAAAUCUAUACCGCCACAUAUAGGAAUGAAGUUGGCUCGUGAAAUUGCCACGAUUAGCUACCGAUCAGGACCUGAAUGGGAACAGCGGUUUGGUAGAAAACGUGAGCGGGAAGAUCAACCGCCUGCUCUUUGUCCUGAUUUUUUGAUAGAAACUUACCUUGAUUAUCAGGGUGAGCGCUUCUGCCUGCAAUACGAUCCAAAUUCACUUCUUUAUAUAUCCAAAGCAAUGGACCUUUUUGAUAUGUCCUCUUCAUCAUUGGAAGCUCUCAAUAGACAACGAGAGAUUAAUAUAGAGAAAAUACAAACUCACGGAUUUAUUCCUGAAUCAUCAUGCUACGCUAAUGCAAAUACUUCACAAGAAAUACCUGUUCCACAACCUGCAUCAUCGUCAACCUCAUCUUCAAAAAAAAAACACAUUUCUUCUUUGUCAUUAACAAAUAGUGAUAAUCUCGAUGAUCUUGUUCAAGGACUUUCUAAAAUUCAAAUACCAACAUUAGUUUUAGGUGUUCAAUCUGAUAUCCUGUUUGCUCAUUGGCAGCAAAGAGAAAUUGCUGAUUGUUUAAGAAGAGGUGGAAAUAAAGAUGUCACUUAUUAUGAGCUGGAUUCUAUGUAUGGACAUGAUACAUUUUUGAUAGAUUUGACUAACGUUGGUGGUGCGAUCAAAGGACAUUUGGAACUCGGUGGUUUUUGUUGA